AUGGAUAAGGCCAAAGAAGCUAUUAUAAAAACUUUUAAUGAGAAUAAAGAAAGGCAUUCAAAUAUUUUUAAAAUCAUUGAUGAGAGAUGGGAAUGUCAACUACAUCAGCCUUUGCAUGCAGUAGGUCAUUUCUUGAAUCUAGAGUAUUUCUAUUUCGAUCUUAAGAUAGAGAAAAAUGAAGAAUUGUAUGCUUGUAUAGAAAGACUAGUUCCAAGAAUUGAAAUUCAGGUCAAAAUCAUGUUUGAGCUAUCCAUGUAUAGGAAAGCUGAAGGACUCUUUGGCAUUCCAUUGGUGGAAAGACCAAGAAAGACAAGGGCUCCGGAUAAGAAAAUAGCUGAAUGGUGGAGUCUGUAUGGGAGCUUAACUCUGAAUUUGCAACAAUUAGCUGUAAAAAUCUUGAGUUUGACUUGUAGUGAAUGUGGUUGUGAGUGUAAUUGGAGUGUAUUUGAACAGAUUCACACAAAAAGAAGGAAUAGACUUGCACAAAAACGACUAAAUGAUUUAGUCUUUGUGAAGUAUAAUCAAAAGAUGAAGGCACGAUAUGAUAAGUGUGAUGUUAUUGAUCCUAUCACCUUAGAUGAUAUAGAUGAAAGUAAUGAAUGGCUAUUGGGGGAAAUGGGUGCUGAAUCAUAUAUGAAUGUUGAAGAUGAGUUGGUUUUUGAUGAGGACGAUGAUGGUUUGACAUGGGGUGUAGUGGCAAGAGUUGUUGGUGUUGGAGAACCAAAGAACUAUAUUCCAAACAAAAUCAAGGGCAAGCUCAAAGGCCUCAACAUCACAACCAAAUAUUGA